UGGCUGCCUGGCUGAAGUUGUGGUCCCUGCUUGCGUUGGCUGGAGUCAAGGCCCCCUCCUACCUACCUUGGAUGGCUGGCUGGAGUCGUGGUCCCUGAUUGCGUCCGCUGGAAUCGUGGCCCCUGCCUGCCUUUAUUGGCUGGCUGCCUUGCAUCAUAGCUGGAGUUCUGUUGCCAGGUUUCCCAUAUUUAGAGCUUUUGUCAGGGAGGUGGCUCAUGGCAUCAUAAAGCCUUGGCUAUGCAUGCCUUAGAAUGUCCCUUGACAACUAAAACAUGGCUGCACUGGAGGACUGGGUGACUUUGUCCUGACAGUUGCCCUGUGUGUCACCACUGGGAUUCUGCAGGGCACCAUUUUAAGGCCAUUUCUCUAUCUUGUUUUUACUCUUGAUUCCAAUAAAGAUCUGUUAGUUGUAUCAAUCAGUUUGUGGAUGAUGCUAAGCUGGGAGGAGUUUGGACCUCCUUGAGGAUAAAGAGGCCUUGCCUUGAGAUCUGGACAAAAUGAGGGUGUUCCCAUCUGCAGGAAGAAGGGCGAGCGCUGGGUUCUGCACCUGGGAUGGGGUGCCCUGGCUCUGUGUGCAGACAUCAGGGGGGAAGUUCUGGAGCGCAGCCUGGCCAAAAGGGGUCUGGUUUGAUGGCCAAUGGAAUCUGAGCCGGCAGUGCGCCUGGCAGUCAGAAGGCUCAACCGUACCCUGGGCUGCGUCAGGCCCAGCACUGCCAGGCCAGGGAAGCGGCUGUCCCGCUCUGCUCUGCGCUGUGCGGCCUCGCCUCCAGCGCUGGGUGCAGCUUGGGCUGCCACUCCAUGAGAUGCUAGGAGAGAGUGUCCAAAGGAGGGCUCCAGAGCUGGAGAAGUUUACAUCACUGAUCCUCCAGACGAACCUUCCCAGGAACGCACACUCUGUAUAGAGGUGUACAGAUGUAUAUUUUGUCAGACACACCGCAAGAAUAUCCUGCACAAGAGCAAACCAGACAACAAGCGAUGGCCUGCCCGAGGAAGCGCCUGAAGAGACAUGGGAAGGCCUGGCAUCAUCCCCCAGUGCUCUUUGUUCAACGAAGACUUUAAAGAAAGUCGCCACAUCAACAGGACAAGGAGAGCACCGAGACAUCUUGGAAACAACAGGAUGGCUGCUGACUGACACCAGGUAACAAAUAACUUCACAAGUAAAUAGCAAAUGUCAACCUUCUGAUAAGGUUGUGCACCUGGAGUACCCAGCCAGUGGGGAAACAGGGGAGGGGGGAGGCAAAGGGGAGCAAACAGGGUCUAAAGGCUGUCACAGCAUGUCCAUAGGCGCGCUCCUGCUUGCGGGACGCCACCAUUGCAAUCGCGAAUCAAUUCUGCUUUAUCAGAGAUCCCGUCCUGACAAGAUGACGGCACGGAGCACAGGCGGCCACUUCCAAAAGUGAAACCUGGCCAUCUGCUGCGCUGCCCCGCCGUUUCCUCUCUGCGCUUCCUGCCCCACAGCUCCAAACAGGCCUCAGUGCUGAUGGAUAUUCUGAGCCUCUUCUGCUUGGCCUGAGCAGCCCCAGCCACACUGGUCUCUUGCCUAUGUUUCCUGACUUGCUGCACCUGGGGACAGAGAGCUUCCCUGGAGGUCUGCCAGCUCUGUUCUGUAUUCUUGCUCAUGAGGACAGAUUUGCAGGGUGUUCUGUUGUUUAAAUCCCUGAAGAGCUGGAAGUUGGCUUUCCUAAAACUUAGCAUCCUGAUUUUACUCUGUCUGUCCAGCACCCCUCGGGAAGUGAUACAACAGAAGAGAUGCCAUCUGGAGGGACCUGGUCAGGACUGAGAAGUGGCGCCAUGUGAACCUAACAGAGUUCAACAAGGCGAAGCACAGAGUGCUGCACUCAGGUCAGGGCAAUCCUAGAUAUGCACGCAGACUGGGAGAAGAACUCAGUGAGAGCAGCCCUGUGGAGGAGGACGUGUGGGUUGUGGAGGACAAGAGGCUGGACAUGAAGCAGCAGUGUGUGCUUGCAGCCCUUACAGCCAACGGUAUCGUGGGCUGUAUCAACAGAGGGGUGGCAGCAGGCAGGGAGGUGACUGCCCCGCUCGUGAGACCCCAUCUGGAGCACCGGACCUGGUGCGGAGCGAGGCCGUCCGCCACCAUGGGCAACGUUCUCAGCGGGAAAAGCACGGCGCAGCCCAGGGCCGAACCACCCCGCGGGGAGGAGCCGCGCGCACCUCCCGCCACCAGCCGGCGCUGUGGCGCAGCCUUCGUUCUCCGGAAGCGGCCGAAGGACGGCGGAGGCGACGGACGAUGGCGGAGCAGCUGCGGGCGGACGGCGUGCACAAGGAGGUGCUGCGGGAGGGCACCGGGCCGCUGCCCGACUUCCGCGACGGCACCAAGGCCACCUUCCACUACCGGACGCUGCGGUGCGAACCCGAGGAGACGGUGCUGGAUGACAGCCGAGCGCGGGGCAAGCCCAUGGAGCUGAUCGCCGGAAAGAAGUUCAAGCUGCCUGUGUGGGAGGCGAUACUGCGCACCAUGCGGCCCGGCGAGCGCGCCCGCUUCCGCUGCGAGUCCAAGCACGUGGUGCUGUACCCCCUGGUGGCCAAGAGCCUGCGCAACAUCGCGGCGGGGAAGGACCCUCUGGAGGGGCAGCGGCACUGCUGCAGCAUCGCCCAGCUGCACGAGCACUACUCGCUGGGCUACCCCGACCUGGACGAGCUGCAAAAGAACCCCCAGCCCCUCAUCUUCGACAUCGAGGUGCUCAAGGUGGAGGAGCCUGGCUCCUACCAGCAGGACCCCUGGGCCAUGACGGAUGAGGAGAAGCUGCAGGCCGUGCCCCUGAUCCACCAGGAGGGCAAUGAGCUGUACCGGCAGGGCAAGGUGCAGGAGGCAGCCACCAAGUACUACGACGCCAUCGCCUGCCUCAAGAACCUGCAGAUGAAGGAGCAGCCCGGCUCUCCGGACUGGAUUGAGCUGGACCAGAAGAUCACCCCACUGCUAUUGAACUACUGCCAGUGCAAGCUGCAGAGUGAGGAGUACUAUGAGGUGCUGGACCACUGCUCCUCCAUCCUCAACAAGUACGAGGACAACGUCAAAGCCUACUUCAAGCGGGGCAAGGCUCACGCGGCCGUGUGGAAUGUGGCCGAGGCGCAGGCUGACUUCGCCAAGGUGCUGGCACUGGACCCCUCACUGCGCCCUGUGGUCAGCAAGGAGCUGCGCAGCCUGGAGGUGCGCCUGCGCCAGAAGGAUGCAGAGGACAAGAUCCGCUUCAAGGGCAUCUUCUCCCAGUAGAGCCCGCCAUGCUCUCCGGGCCAGUUCUGUUAGAUAUUCCACAUGUGGAAUGGUUUUCCAUGUUUAUUAAUGUUUAAUACAACGUUUAUUGGAAGUCAGCGGAAGGCACGUGGGAUUUCGGCGCGGCGCAGAAGGCGCAGUGUUGAGUGCUGGGCCAUUGGAUGGCAACAGAAGCAUGGAUCUCCUCACUGAGCCCCAGACUGCGCCCCGCGGCACAACGGUGGGGAACCCAGUGGAGGAAAUGAGCCCAGGCCAACGCUCUUCCAUGCUGCUUUUUAUUCCCUGUUUGGUUUUUAUCCUUUCUGUUGGGCUGAGCUGUGCUGCGUGGGUCUAGGUGAGCCCAUUAAUGACUGACUGCAAGAGCUCCAGUGCCAAGGCUGUGCCCCAUCCCUUCCCUUCCAUGCCACAUCCUGCAUUGCCACUUCGCAAGGCUGCCGCUGCCAGCUUGCAGCUGCGUUUCCUCUGUACUGCACCACAACAGAGCUGUAAACUUUUUAUCUGAACUACUGGUUUCCACUGCGUAUAUAAAGCCAUGAUCAUGCUAUACCGAGAUAAACACAAGUAAAACUCAUCAUAGAAAGACAUCUGGUCACGUAGAAAAAGUGCUGUUAGAGAUAACCAAGUAAAACCAAAGGGCAAAUAAGAGCAGUUGGGUGCUACCACCCUCCAUUACACCUGUGGGGCCCUGGGCCAGCAUCACCCUGAGGCUGUGGGAGUACAGAGCAGACAGGCAGCCCCAGC